AUGACUCCGAUGCUUCAAUUGGGUACCAUACUUCACUCCAGGGGUUUCUCCAUCAUCGUCGCACACACAGAAUUCAAUUCUCCCAAGCCUUCAAACCAUCCUGAAUUCAUCUUUCUACCCAUCUCAGACAACUUAACUGAACAUGAGACCUCAUUCAAGAACCCAUUGGAUUCAUUAUUAGCAAUGAACAAUAACUGCAAAGCACCACUCGAAGAAAACUUGGCCCAAAUGGUGGAAAAAAAGGCGCCAAACGAACAGGUCAGUUGCAUCGUCUACGAUUCACUCAUGUACUUUUCCAAAGCUGUGGCUAGUCAUCUGAACCUUCCAAGUAUACUGUUCCGCACCAGUUGUGCUCUCAACUUGCUAGCUUACCAUUAUAUUCUUCGGCUCCACGCAGAAGGUCAUCUCUCCUUUCAAGAUUCUAAGGCACAGGACCUGGUGCCAGGACUUCAUCCUCUCAGCAAUUUAACAACUUCUUCGGCCAUAAUUUGCAACAUAGUGGACUACCUUGAGCAUUCAGCGGUGUCAAAGCUCCGACAACAUUAUCAAGCUCCAUUCUUUUCGAUAAGCCCUUUGCACAAACUGGCUUCAGCCUCACCCACUAGCUUUGUAAAAGAGGACACCAAUUGCAUUGAAUGGCUUGACAAGCAAGCUCCUCGAUCAGUUAUCUAUGUAAGCUUCGGUAGCUUGUCAAUCAUGGACAAUAAAGAUCUAACCGAAAUGGCUUGGGGUCUAGCCAACAGUGGCCAACCUUUCUUGUGGGUGAUUCGACCUGGCUCAGUUCGUGGCUCAGAACUUACUGAGCUCCUGUCGGAAGCCUAUCAUUCCGAUAUACUGCUUGAUCAAGCCAAUAAGCACUUGAGGUCUCUUGAUGAAGAUGAUGGAGCUCAACUGAAUUCAGUUUAUUCAAUCCAAGAAAUGGUAUUGUUAAAGAAGAGUAAAUCUAUUUAG